GUUGUUGUUAUUGUUAUUAUUGUUGCUAAUUUUGCUGUGGAAGUCAAAGUCGGAGGAACAAUAGCAACAUAUACUCCAAAAUUUCAAAUAUGAUUAAAGUGAUUUUAGCGGUUUGGUGAUUGGAUCGUUUUCUGGUACAUGGCGAAUCCUCGCAAGUCAAAGCAAGAAAUUUCAAAUGAGGCUAUCAAGCAUGCUCUGAGGGCUCUGCGUAAGCGGCAUUUGAACGAAGAAGGAGCUCAUGCUCCGGCUUUUGCUGCUCUUUCUAGACCUAUCUCUUCCCAGGGCUCUGAAUGGAAAGAGAAAGCGGAGAGUCUGGAAUUGGAACUUCAGCAAUGCUACAAAGCUCAGUCCCGAAUAUCUGAACAGCUUGUUGUGGAAAUAGCUGAAUCCAGAGCUUCAAAAGCUUUGAUUCUAGAGAAAGAAACUACAAUCGCUGAUCUGCGAAAGGAGUUGACCGAAGUGAGGGAUGAAUGCUCUCAAUCAAAAAUGGAUUUAGAAGAAAAAAGUAAAGCUCUUGACUUGGUUCUAAGUGAGAAUACAGUACUUAAAGCACAACUGGAGCAGAUGACUGCUAGAGCCAAGAAUGCUGAAACUGAAAAUAAGACAUUGGCGGAUCGCUUGAUGUUAGAAAAAAUGAAGGAUGCUGAACGCCUAAAUGAGGCAAAUCAACUGUAUGAUGACAUGAUUGAGCGGCUAAAGGCCAGUGGUUUAGAAAAACUAGCAAGGCAGCAGGUGGAUGGCAUAGUUCGCCAAAGCGAAGAAGGCGCUGACUUCUUUUUCGAGUCAACCAUCCCUUCCACUUGCAAAUACAGGCUCAAUGCACAUGAAGGUGGUUGUGCUUCCAUAUUGUUUGAGUACAAUUCUAGUAAAUUGGUUACUGGGGGACAGGAUCGAUCAGUUAGAGUGUGGGAUACGAAUACUGGGUCCUUAAGUACCAAUCUUUAUGGCUGCCUUGGCUCCAUAUUAGAUCUCACAAUAACCCAUGAUAAUCGAUCUGUUAUUGCUGCAAGCAGCUCAAACAACUUAUAUAUGUGGGAUCUCAACUCAGGUCGAGUUCGUCAUACCCUUACUGGCCACACAGAUAAAGUAUGUGCUGUUGAUGUCAGCAAGAUAUCAGGCCGUCAUGUUGUCAGUGCAGCUUACGAUCGUACUAUAAAAGUUUGGGACUUGAUGAAAGGCUAUUGCAUUAACACAAUCAUUUUUCACAGCAACUGCAAUGCUCUUUGCUUCAGCAUGGAUGGACAGACAAUAUUUUCGGGACAUGUUGAUGGAAGUCUUCGAUUAUGGGAUAUUCAGACCGGAAAGCAACUUAGCGAGGUCGUGGCACACUCGCUUGCUGUGACAUCUAUAUCUCUUUCUCGAAAUGGAAAUGUUGUGUUGACCAGUGGAAGGGACAAUUUACACAAUUUGUUUGAUGUUCGAUCUCUGGAAAUUAGUGGCACACUAAGAGCCACAGGAAAUAGAGUGGCUUCGAAUUGGAGUCGUUCCUGUAUUAGUCCAGAUGAUAGUCACGUUGCUGCUGGAUCUUCUGAUGGAUCUGUGUAUGUAUGGUCAAUAUCUAAAGGUGAUAUUGUCAGCACUCUGAAGGAACAUACUUCUUCUAUCCUGUGCUGUACGUGGAGUGGGCUUGGAAGACCCCUAGCUUCAGCUGACAAGAAUGGGGUUGUUUGUAUCUGGACCUAAUGGGGUUUAUUUCAUUUGGGAUAAAGAUGUUGUUGAUGUUGACGUUGACCCUAGCUGGCACGGAGGGAAUAUGGUAAUGCUCCCUUACACUUUCUGAUUUAUAAAAAAAAAAAAUGAUUACACUUUCUUACAGGGUAUACCAUUCAAAUUAGGAACAUUGUAGAUAUUCAUUUUUAACA